GCCUCGCACGACGAGUUCCCCUCACGCGGAUGUGGAGCAGGCGGAGAAGCCCGAACUGAACCUGCGCGCGGUCGUCUCGUGGUUGCGUAUUGCUUAAAUUCUGUUCGGCAGAAACCGGAACUUAUACGUCGUGCACGUGACAUUAUUUGCUGUAGCGUCAAAAAAAAAAGUGAAGAAGAAAAGUGCCCUGUAAACUUGAGUUACCAUGCGCAAGCUGCUAUAACCGGUCAUAAGCUGGUCGCUGAGGGUAUGGCCGUGCCCAGAGGGGACUUCGUGAGGGUUUUGUCCGCGUUGGGGAUCAUCCUUGGUGACUUGGCAGGGUCCAGAAUACGUGCGGAAGAGGUUCCACCCCGCAUCGUCCACCAUCCCUCUGACGUGGUGGUGAAAAUAGGCAGCCCGGCGACACUGUCCUGCCGGGCAGAGGGCAGACCCCAGCCAGCCAUUGAGUGGUUGCGCAAUGGCCAGGCCUUGGAGAUGGACAAGUUUGACAGCCAAUCACAGCCCAUGGUUUUGCCAGACGGAAGCCUGUUCUUCCUGAGUGUGGCAGGGGGGAGGCGGGGUCAGUCGCAUGAAGGUGUCUACACCUGCGUGGCGAAGAACAUCGCAGGGAAGGCCACCAGUCGCAAUGCAUCAUUGUAUAUUGCAGUGUUGCAGGAGGAGUUUAUUGUGCAGCCCAGCGAUGUGGAAGUGGCAGAAGGGGAGGUGGCCGUGUUGAACUGUGGCCCCCCAGUGGGACACCCAGAACCUAAUGUGAUAUGGAGGAAGAACGGUGUGCCCAUAAACAUGACAGACCACCACUACACUCAGGUGAGUGGCAAGCUUAUCAUUGCCCCUGCAGAGAAGAACCACUCCGGGGUGUAUGUGUGUGUGGCUGCCAACACUGUCAGGAUGAGGGAGAGCAGAGCGGCUCGAUUGUCUGUGCUCGCUAAGCCAAUCUUGGUGCUGACACCAGAGGAUGUGUCAGUGAGGGCAGGAGGAUCAGCCCAAUUCAACUGCCAAGCCAGAGGAGAACCUCCACCCGCCUUGGUCUGGAGCAGGGAGCAGGGGCCGCUACCCAAUGGAAGGUAUCUUGUGAACCCUGACCAGAGUCUCCAGAUCCACUAUGUGACAGUCCAGGAUGCAGGGGAGUAUACCUGCACUGCCGUCAACGAUGUAGGCGUGGUCACAGCCAGUGCCCAGCUGUUGGUUGAGGAGACGGCUAGCAGCACACAGAAAGACCUCCACAGAGAGCUGUCGGCCCUGCGUGUGGUUCUGGAGAACGUCACGGUGAUGGCCUCCGCAUCCAACCUGUCACAAGUACAGUGGAAGCUCCAGUCCCUACCAGUGCAGCCCCACUACCUUGAUGGUUUUGAGGUCCUGUAUCGUUCCCUGCUGCCUGCCAGCUCUGAUUGGGCAGCAAAAAGGGUGACGGUGCCUAACUUCCAGACACAGGUUGGCCCUUUAAAGAGAGGCUACAAGUAUGAGUUCAAAGUUCGCCCCUAUGGCAGCAACUUGUAUGGAAGGGAGAGCAACACCAGGCACCUGAGAGUCCCCGAGAUGGUACCCAGUGCCUCGCCACUCGCUGUCACCAUGGACCCAGAGCACAACAACACCAUCCACCUGAGCUGGGAACCACCCCCUCAAGAAACCUUCAACGGUAUCAUUCAGGGCUACCAGGUGUGGUGUGUGGACUCUGAGAGGCAGCAGUACCAGAACUGGACUGUGGACAGUGGCCAUCACAUCCUUGACAUCUCUGCUCUCACCCCAGGGAAACAGUACUGGGUCACUGUGGCAGCCAUCAACGGAGCAGGGAUAGGGAAGCAGAGUGACCCUCAUGGAUUUGUUAUAGAGUCCAAGAAGGGUGGAUUCCCUCUGUCAGAAAACCUUGGUGGGGAUCUGUCCAAGGUCCUGGCCCUGCUCAGGGACCCAGUGUUGAUCGGCAGCAUUGGCGCCCUCGUGUGGUGUGUCCUCAUGGUUAUAGCUGUCUGCCUAUUCAAACGCCACUCUAGGACAGGCAACAUGGGAAGAGGCCUCAGCAAAGUUAAAGGAUUGCACAGGCUUGCCAGCGAAGAUCUCAUCAUAAAACACAGGAUGGCAGCACCAGACUCCCCCUGGAUCUCCGGGGCAUGGAAGCCAGCCUAUUAUAACGAAAAAUACCAGGAUUUAUGGGCCCGAAGUCGAGAAAAUCCAAGGAUUAGAAGCACGAGUUUUCCCAGCACAGCCAAGAAAGAUGCCAGCUGCCAUGAAGGAGAGUCUACUGUCUCCAUUGUGCCAGACAGUUGUGGUGUCUACGGCACCUUUUAUGUGGACCUGGCAGGCAAUGCCCUCAAGACCUUCAACAGCCCUGGGCGUUGUCCCAAGAUGCACCACGCAAACCCUCAUCAGCCAGGCACUGAGACCAUUUGCAUAUCCACUAAGCCGCCAGCAAAGACCCCUUCCCCUGGCACCCAUGCAGCACUACCGUGGAAACACGCCGUCCGUUCCCAACCCAAGAUGGGCGUGCUAAGGGACUCGUGGGAGAAAAACCACAGCAAGCAAGUGGUGCAUGCAGUGAGCAGCGUCCCGUUGGUGCCGACUAGGAACCAGGCUUAUCCAUCCAGCGCCUACCAGCAGAGAUUUAGUCAUCUACCUCCAAAUCGACUUGGUACAGCGAAAUAUCAGCACGGUGGACAUUUGGAGUGCGUCAAACUUGUGGGCUCUCCUCGCGUCCUGCAGUAUUCCGCUUCACUACAGCUGGUCGACAUGCUGCCCAGCCCGCCGCCAUUACCCGUAGAUGACACCACAGACACACACAGCCUCACUUCAGAUGAAGGCUCAAGCCGUUCAACCAAGCUAACCGUAGACAUGGGGUCUCGUCAAUCAUUGUGUGCUGCGUCAGGCCACCGUGGGCACCCGGGAUCCCUCAGCACUAACACAGGACCCUCGUACAGCUGCCUGUCCACCGCAUCCUACUGCAUGUCGCUGGAUGAGGAGCAGGGGGCUUCACUGACUUCGCAGGAAGUCACCCAGUAUUUGGAGCUCAGCUCCAAGACCAAGAGACCCAGUGUCCUGUCGGAGCAGCUCCCCUCUCUGAUACGUCCCUUCACCCCGACCAUGGGCUACCUCUGCGGGCCGCUCCCCUCUGUUCAUCUGGAGGGUACCGUUGCUGGCGAGCAGGAGGCUCGGCCAACCGGCUCACAACGUGCCCGCUUCCAGAGCACGCCCUCUUCCUGCUAUAGUGAAUGGGAUGGGUCACUCUGGAACAGCUGGGGCUCGGUGACGGAGGGCAACAUGGCCAGCGCCCGUACCAGCUUCAUCAGCUCAGUGGACAGCUCCUCAAUGAGCGACGCCAACUUUGCCCGUGUCCUGGCUGCAGCAGCUGGGUCCAUAAGUGGAGCCUCCCUGUCGGACUUCUCACCGCCGGCCUCUCCUCUCAGCACCAUUUACUCUCCGUUCCACGGGGAUGGGGACUCGUUUGGGGAUUCAGAGCCCAUGCCGGCCUGGGACUGGAAUAUGGCCUGGAUGGAGGAGAUGGAGGCCCAGUACAAAGCCCAGUACCCCAGUCAGAACAUCACACCCUUUGAUGGAGAGGUAGGCUACAACGACUGGGCAGACACCAGCGGGAGUGCAAGACGGUGAGAAGGGACAAAACUGACACGCCAGCGAGCGUUGGCCGAGUCGGUGGAGUAGACCACGAGUCUAAACAACCGGUGUUGAGAUGUAGAGAUGUUCUCAGUUAUGAAUGGAGGCAUAUUUUGGUUUGACACAUAACUGCAGCCAAUUAAUCAAUAUUGGGGUUACCUUCUUCUGUACGGGGUACAGAUUUUCCACUUUCACCUCAGGGCAGGCCAUCCACCGUGUACAUCUCAUGAGUUUCCUUAACAUUUUAAAUCGGACGCUGAACUCGAUCUGUGCUGCUCUCACUCCAAAAGUGUGUCAUGAAACACUUGUUUGGCACGUUCAUAUCCACUGUGUGUUUCGAGAGGCAAGCAAAGAGACGAUGCAAUAAUGUGAAAAGACAGCCAUCAGGAUUUUUUUUUUUUUCCUCCGAGAAAGCUGUGUUUGAGUUCGGGUUAGGGUUCUUCAAAGUAUUUUGGAAGAAUUAAGGUGUAUACAUGUAUUGCAGGAUGUUCUAAGGAUUAUGGUCCUACCAAAUAAAACAUACCAUUGCCGCUUUGUGUUAUAUAGACCAUUGUGUUGAUUUGCUCAUAAUGAAGUAUCAGUAUGCAGCAGAUUCAACAUUAAUUUAAAUAACUGUUAAAUGCAUUCCAGACCACUGACUUUCCUCUUGCUGAACUCGCUCACUGUGGUGACAUGGAUCGCUUAUGUACAUUCAUUCCACUCUUAUGACGUCAGGCCAAAUCUGUGUCAGCCAAUACCUAGUUAAAAGUAUGUUGGGGCGUCCGGGGGGCGUGGCGGUCUAAUCCGUUGCCUACCAACAUGGGGCUCAGCAGUCCGAAUCCCCGUGUUACCUCCGGCUUGGUCGGGCGUCCCUACAGACACAAUUGGCCGUGUCUGAUUGGGAAGCCGGAUGUGGGUAUGCGUCCUGGUCGCUGCACUAGUGCCUCCUCUGGUAGGUCAGGGCGCCUGUUCAGGGGGGAGGGGGGAACAGCGUGAUCCUCCCAGGGUGCUACGUCCCCCUGGUGAAACUCCUGUCAGGUGAAAAGAAGCAGCUGGUGACUCCACAUGUAUGGGAGGAGGCAUGUGGUAGUCUGCGGCCCUCCCCGGAUCAGCAGAGGGGGUGCAGCAGCGACCGGGACGGCUCGGAAGAGUGGGGUGAUUGGCCGGGUACACCUGGGAAGAAAAAGGGGGAACCCCCCCCCCAAAAAAAAACGUAUGUAGAGUGUUUCAUUUUUUUAUUUUAUCUUUUUUGGGGGGGGGUCCCAUGUGGGUUUUUUUGGGAGGGGGUCCCACGUGUUUGUUUUUUUUGUUGUUCCCCCCCCCAUGUGUUUUCAUGUUAACUUGAACUAACUGAAGGUUUGUUAAAUAACUUUUAAUUUUAGUACAGAUUUGAGAGUCCCUGCUGUGUGCGUAGCUUAGUUCUUGCAUAAUUAUUAUUGAAUUUUGUAUAAACUGACCAAAACAUAGAGUCAACACUUACACUCUGUUUUGUAAGAUUUAUAAUUUUUUUUGUAAUUUUCUUUAUGUAUUUCAGAAAAU